CUACGUAAUUCAGCUCUCCACACGCGCAUGCCUUAGCAGGGAUGACUUCCCUUUAACAGCGUGUAGUUUUAACUGUAUCUUAAAGCUGUUUUCUUCAUUAAAACCAUGUCGGAGUUAAAAAUAAACUCCCAGUUCGCUCAGAAAUACGAGAAAUACCGACAGAAGGAAGAACUACAGAGACUGAAGGACAAAUACGGAGACCGAGGAGAUGAGACUGAGUCGUCUGAGUCCAGCUCUGAUGACAGUGAAGUGGAGCUGGACCCUGAAACUGAGAGGGAUUUUUACAGGACAUUGUCACUGCUGAAGAAGAAAGACCCAAAGAUCUAUCAGACAGAUGCUAAGUUCUUCUCAGAAGGUGCAUCCAUCAGUGAUGAGAAGCCGUCAACCUCGAAGACAGCAGUGAAGCCCAUGUAUCUGAAGGACUAUGAACGUAAAGUGAUACUGGAGAGGGAGGGUAAAUACGAGGAUGACGAUGACAGUGAUGACGAGGAAGCCGUCAGGAGAAUAGAGAGAGCUGCCUCUCCGAGCUACAUUCAAGAGCAGCGGGAGCUGAAGGAAAGCUUCCGUAAGUUCGUCCAGGACAGCGAUGAAGACGACGACGACGACGACGGUGGUGAGGGAGAAGGAGUGUCUGAGCUGCUGACCAGGAGGGUGAAGACACAGGAAGAGAAGGAUAAAGAGGAGGCGGACUAUGUGGAGUGGCUGAAAGGCCAGGCUGACCUCGAGGGUCCGGAGGAGGUGAAGGACAUGAAAUAUUUAAGGGACUACUGGAACGACCCGCAGCUGGAUGAGAAGGAGUGUUUCCUGAGAGACUACGUCCUCAACAAGGGCUACCUCGAUGAGGACGACGAUGACGACCGGAUCCCAACCUACGAUGAGGUGGUCCAGGAUGACGUGGAGGAUUCUGAAGAGGAAGGGGAGACUUUCUUGGAGAGGCAGGAGGACUUUGAGAGAAGCUACAACUUCCGCUUUGAAGAGCCUGACGCUCAGCAGAUCAAGACGUAUCCCCGCAACAUUGCCACGUCUGUACGCUCCAAAGACGACCGCAGGAAAUGCAAAAGGGAGGAAGUGAAAGAAAGGAAGCAAAAGGAGAAAGAGCAGAAGCGAGAGCAGCUGAAGCAGCUCAAGAACUUGAAGAGAGGUGAGAUCAUGGAGAAGCUGAAGACGCUUCAGGAGCUGACCGGCAACGAGCAGCUCGCCUUCAGCCAGACUGACCUGGACGGAGAAUUUGAUCCACAAAAACACGAGCAGCUCAUGCAGAAAUUCUUUGGAGAUGAAUAUUACGGAGAAGAAGAAGAGGAGAAACCUCAGUUUGAGGAUGAUGAUGAAUUUGAGGAGCACUGGAACUGGGACACUUGGACAGGAGAGGAUCGAGACGAGGACUAUGGUGAAGAGGAGUAUGAUGAAGAGGAGAAUGACGCCUCUGGGCCCCACUGUGAUGAUGAAAACUUCAUUAUGGAUGCAGACUACGACCCGACCCAGCACGCCGCCUCCAAGAAGAAGAAGAUAAAAGAGAGGAAGAAGAUGAAGAAAGAGGAUCUGCCACAAAUGGGCAAAAGGAGAAAAAAGUCUCACUUUGCUGAAGUCAUCACCAAACACAAGCCCGUGUUUGAUCCACGUAAGUGUUGGUCAGAGUUGGUUUUAAUAUCACAUCAGUAUCUAACAUGAAACCAGUGUGACAGA